CUCUCACCAUCCAACACAAGACGAAAGGCGCAAACGCCGAAGAGCGCAGCAGAUAUAUACCGUGGCUAAAAUUAGGGACGGGUAGUGCGUAUUUCCUCCGCUUCGUACAAUUGGUCCAGCUUCCACUGCGUGAUAUUUAUAAGAUAAGGUCUUCCAGCGAGCAUACUUGCUACAUGAGUUUGAAACGUAAGAGUGUAGGAGCAGAAACCGAGUUGUAGUUCACUACAACCCAAGUUUCUUGGAGGGAUUACGACUGGUCCCUGUAUUUUAAGAUUUUGAUUCUUACUGGGACAACUGGAAAUGGCUUUAAGUGGAACAAUUUUGCCCUCAAUUUCUACUUUUGCAGCACAAAAGGAGAAAUGUUGGGAAAACAGAUGGAAGGAAGAUUUGGACAGGUCCGUGCAUCCCGGCUGCCUAGCUGACAUAUCCAGCAUGGACAACCACUGCAGAUCAACAGACGACGAAGAUCUCAGCAAAUAUCUGGAUCUGGAGUUUAUUCUGGCCAACACAGCCGGUUCUGAUCUUCUCGGGAUGAGUAUGGGUGCCGACUACAGAAUGCAAGAGUCCCGCAACAUGUACAACCCAUCGGUGGCACCCAGCGCGUACUCGGUGCCCGAGAUCAACCACUCACCUCCGCCGUACACAACCAGCCUGAUGGCGGAGCUCCUGCAAACUGAUAUUGACACCUACUGCCAGCCAUCUGUGCCCAACAACGUCCAGGGAAGGUUUCUGGUCAGGUCUGCCUUCCCCAAUCAGGACAUUUCGGAGUGUAUCAAAGUGGAGCCGCCGUGCAUGGACAAUUACGGACCCGUUAGGGGUAUGGUGCCCAAAGUCAAGCAGGAGGGCAACGGCGCGUGCAUGAGGUCGUACGAGCAGCCGAGGCUGGCCAACUCUCCCAGCAUGACCCCGCCGCAAAGCCCCGCCGAGCUCAUCAACACGGACUGUCAGUCACAGAUGUGCCACCCCAUGACGUUCACGCAGGGUUACCAAGGCAACGCGGGGUUCCCCCACGCUGCGCCUCCGCAGUUGCAGCUGGCAUACCCGAACGCGCACCACUUCAGCGUUUGCGAUGACGCGCUCGGGAUGCCCAACGCUAACCAACGGGUGCUGCUCACCCCUCCGUCAUCCCCGCUGGAGAUGGACGCCAAACCAAAGAGGGGAAGACGCACGUGGCCGAGAAAACGGACGGCGACGCACACGUGCACUUAUACGGGAUGCGGCAAGACGUACACAAAGAGUUCCCACCUGAAGGCGCAUCACAGGACGCAUACAGGUGAAAAGCCAUACCAUUGCAGCUGGGAAGGUUGUGGGUGGAAGUUUGCCCGCUCUGAUGAGCUGACCCGUCACUUCCGUAAGCACACCGGACACCGACCUUUCCAGUGCCACCUGUGCGAGCGCGCCUUCUCCAGGUCCGACCAUCUGGCUCUCCAUAUGAAGCGUCACAUGUAGGACUGGACUCCAAUAUUUGGACUUAAAGCACUGAACGGUGAACACCACAGAGGAUGUUCAAAGCAUUUUCUCUACCCCAUCUAUUUAAUGUGUUUAUAAAGACAUGGUAGAGAUGAAUCAUGAACUGACUUGACCUAUUGAAUACUGUAGCCAUACAGUCUUUUGCAUUACGUAGCGGGUUCUACACCUCACCAAAAUAUCUAUUUUUUGCCAAAGAGCUUUACUAAUGCCAGACAAUGUUUGCAUUACCAAAUUCAACUCUUUUUAGGCUGGACCUAAACCUCAGACGCAACUGGAAUCACAGUAAAAUGUGUUUUAACAUGAUGUACUAUGAUGCACAUCACGAGAGUGCCUUUUUAAAACAUGUAUACAUCUCACGAGUGCCAUAGUUAUCUCUUGGCAUCUUUUCAAAUGUAUGCUAAACUAAAUAAGCUUUGUGAGACAAUGUUUUUCUAAUUCAAAACUGCCUUAAAACUUGGCCUUACGAGCGGGCGUUAACUGAAUGUUUGAAGUAACUUGUGCAUUUAUCUACAUAGACAUUUAAAAAUCAGGGUCUUACGGUUGUUUCGUUCCUUUUUCUAAUGUAUUCUUACAGUUCAUGUGUUUUUUUAAAGUGCAUUGUAGACUGUCCCACGUUCACCUGACGUGAUGAGGGCUAUACAGUAUGUGAGUUGAAAAUGACUUGUAUAUAAUUUAUACACUGUAAAUAUUGUACUUAAUGUAUAUAUUAAACUUAAUUGAGAUAUUAA